CCAUCGCCUCCCUACGCGCAACUUGUAACCACUGCAACCGUAUUGCUCCAUCUAACCCGAAUGCACCACCGACUCCUUUGAUAACUCCUGACUAUCCAUUCCAAUGCGUGUGUGCAGAUUUCUUCCACUACAUGGGCUGUAAUUACCUAGUGGUAGUUGAUCGUUAUUCCAACUGGCCGGUGGUGGAGAAAGCCUCUGAUGGUUCCAAUGGUUUAAUAGACUGUCUCCGAAGGACAUUUGUUACUUUUGGUAUCCCUGAUGAACUAGCAUCAGAUGGUGGACCCGAGUUCACUUCUGCGGCCACACGUCGUUUUCUCAGGAACUGGGGCGUUCACCAUAGACUGUCAUCUGUAGCUUUUCCCCAUAGUAACUGCCGUGCUGAAGUGGGAGUCAAAACAGUGAAGCGUCUGAUCACUGGCAACACCAGUCCCAAUGGCGACUUAAACACCGACGCAUUCCAACGCGCUAUUCUCCAGUAUCGUAACACACCUGACAGAGACACAAAACUAUCCCCUGCUAUGUGCGUGUUCGGUCGUCCUAUACGAGACUUUAUUCCUAUACCACCCGGUCGGUACAUUCCACACAACACUUGGCUGGAGACUUUAGCAGCUCGCGAGGAGGCUUUACGGAAUCGUCACAUGCGAGAAAGUGAACGUUGGUCUGAACACACCAAACGCCUCUCACCUCUUGCAGUUGGAGAUCAUGUACGCAUCCAAAAUCAAGUUGGUCCUCACCCCCUUAAAUGGGACAAGACUGGAAUCAUUACCGAAGUUCGCCAGUUUGAUCAAUAUGUAGUUCGGGUUGACGGAUCUGGCCGUGUUACCUUACGCAACAGGAAAUUCCUAAGGAAGUAUAUCCCAGUCGUUACACCACCAGCGCGCUACACAAUUGACAAUCAAAUUGGACUCUCCCAUCGUACGACGUCUCCUACUUCUAACGCCCCAGACACCGUCGUCGGUGAAGAGAGCAACCCUCCCCGUAAGGAUACGAGUCCUCCACCAUCCACUCCGUUGACUACUAGAACCAUACAACGUUCGCCUCGUUCAUCAUCUGAUGUUGAUCACCCUUCACCACCAUUUGGUAUUCGAGACAUCUUCAGUCGACGUCAUCUAGCGUUUGAUUCUCCUGCAACCCCAGUGAGCAAAAUCACCACACCCCCGGCAACGAUGCCACCUAUCUCGACACAUACGCCACAAGCAGUAGUUCCGUCCCCUGCACCGAUCCGGACUUCUGGUCGUGCCACAAAGAAACCAGCUUGGCAUUCAGAUUAUAAAAUGUCCAAAUAACAAUUGACUUGUUUCUACUUGGAACAUUUCCUAAGUGUUAUAUCUGUUGUGCAACUUUUCACGGAGACUCAGUGCUUCAUUUUGUUUAUUUUAGGACAAUUAGUCGGACAUUUCUUCAUAAUUCUCAUAUUUCACAUCAGUCUUUGUUCCUAGGACUAAUACGAGUGACCCUAUUACUUACGUGUACCAAAGACUUGGGGGAGAUAGAGGAUUGUAUGUUAUGAUUAGUUUCUAUACGUAAUUCAUGCUAAUUAUCAUUGUGCAAUUUACCA